GUUCCUCUCGACGAGGUCUUCCGGUUCGUUUGGGUCUCUGAUAGUUCAUUUCUUACAGGGCAAGUGACAACCAUUCUCGAUCUCGUUGUAUUUAAACCCCCGCCGUGCUCAACCGUCCGAGUUCGUGCCUUUUCGUCUGUCCCUUGAUACAUGCGCUUUGCGUCUCUUGCAAGCCUAUUUCUCUGCGCAGCCACUACCAUCCUCAUUCUAGCUGUCUUGGUCCCAACCGUGGACUUCUCUAGCAUCACCCAGCACAUCCCGUUCCUCGUCUCGCUGACUCCUCCUCCGACCAGAAUGGCGUGGCGCUGCUCCGGGCGGUCCAACGCCGAGCUCAUCCAGAACCUCUUCAACGCGGGCGUCAUCCAGGCGCCGCGGGUGCGCGACGCCAUGAAGUCCGUCGACCGCGCACACUACUGCCCGUCCUCGCCGCACGCGGCGUACGAAGACUCGCCGCAGCCGAUCGGAUACUCGGCCACCAUCUCCGCGCCGCACAUGCACGCGGCGGCCUGCGAAUCGCUCUUGCCGUUCAUGCCCGAGAACAAAGGCGCGAAAGUGCUGGACAUUGGCUCCGGGAGCGGGUACUUGACACACGUGCUGGCGAACCUGGUCUGCGGGCCCGAUGGCAAGGGAGACGGCAAAGUCGUGGGCAUCGAUCACAUCAAGGGCCUCGUGGACAUGUCGCGGGAGAACAUGCAGCGGAGCCAAGAGGGCCGGGAGCUGCUCGAGUCCGGCAAGGUCGAGCUCAUCACCGGCGACGGCCGCAAGGGGUACCCCGAAGGCGGACCCUACGACGCCAUCCACGUCGGCGCCGCGGCGAGCGAAAUGCACCAGAUCCUGGUUGACCAGCUAAACAAGCCCGGGCGGAUGUUCAUCCCCGUGGAAGACGUGGGCGGCUGGGGCUCCCAGUGGAUUUGGGUGGUGGACAAGGACAAGGACGGCAAGGUCACCAAGAAAAAAGACAUGGGUGUUAGGUAUGUGCCAUUGACAGACGCGCCAUCUUGACAAUCACAGAAAUUGCUCGACUGGUGGCACAAUUUGUGGUGGAGAGGGAGGUAGGUUCGGCGUGGUUUGAUACAGCGACGAGGCCAUUGACGAUGUCUGUGUAUUAUUGCUAUGGACACGACUCGACCCCUCCAGCGUGAGGGCUUUGUAUAACAAAGAAAAAAAAAUAUGACUGAGACUGCGGAUACACAUAGCGGAAUGCGGGAUUGGCGUGGCAGGGUGAAUAAUGUCUCUGUCCACGAUUCAAACCGGAUGUCACAACCUGGUCUGGCAGCGGUUGGGACUAAUACGAGAUUGACACGUCAAAAUCAUCCGCUUCUCAUGCCAUCCAAUAUUCUGCACCCUUUCAUAGGCGGGCUUGAUGACCACUCAGAGUAGCUCCCUCCAUUUCCGCGUCAGCAGGUUCAUCUGAAAGAACCAUGUCUACUUUGCCUCUACCAUCGGCUCCUCCGCCACAUAGUGCAAGUAGGCCCCUAG